AUGUCGCACAGCAUGCCUGUGGCACCACGAGAGGCGGACCUGAACCCUGACCGCUUUCAUUUCCGCGUAGCAAGGCGAUUCCUCGAUGCUUACUUCUCCAAUAUCCACCACAUCCAGCCUUUGUUCGAAGAAGAGGUGUUUCUCGCUCGCUGCGAAGAUCUGUGGUUCAACAGACCAGGCAAACAGCCUUUGUCCUUUGUCGCUCUUUACUAUGCCACUUUGAGUUUGGGCAGCCUCGUCAUGACGUUCGAAAACCCCGAAAUAUAUGGAGCAGAUCGAUUCACGUGGAGUCGCAAGCUGUUCAACGACGCACUUGCUGUCGUGAUACGACUUGGCACAGCAACAGAUGCAGAAAUGGUCCAGUGUUUUUACAUGAUGAGCAAAAUAUGCCAGCACGAGCUCAAUCCUCACGUCGCAUACCUAUAUUCCGGCCAAGCGGCAAGAACCUCGUUGGCAAUCGGGAUCAACCGGAGCCCCAUCAGUCUAGAUGCAGCUGACCCGCGGGCUUCAACGGCAGCAUCAAAAACGUGGUGGGCUGUUUACUGCCUUGACAUACAGACCAGCUUUGCUCUGGGAAGACCCGAUAGCCUCGGUCCUGAUCAAUACCACACACAAUAUCUUCCCACGGCAACUUCAGGAGCAUCAAUUUCGAGUCCUCACGUUCUGCAGAUUGUUCCAUGCAUGGUUGGCCUGUCGCGGAUUAUGCGAAAAGUGGCGCUCGAUUUGUACACCCAGCCGUGCGAAAUGGAACAACAGCUCCACCGAGCGAAAGCACUCGACGCUCAGUUGGAGCAUUGGCUCGAACAAGUUCCCUCACAUCUUCGGUCUGAGCACCAGAGUGGCUCGGAUCUUUGCUUGAAACCGCGGCGCCUCGCCAGCUACACCAAGAAGCAGUCAGUCGUGUUACGACUUCGCUACCUCAACCUUCGCAUGGUAAUUCAUGCCGUGUUCAUGAUUGAUGCGAAAACAGCCAGGUCAGAGGAGGCCGCGUUCCUUCGAGAAUGCCAGUGCCGGUGUAUUCAAUCUGCAGAAGGUGCAAUCGAUUUGAUGUAUUCAACAUUUUGCACAGACGACUACUUCCAGACCUGGUGGUACAACUCGACGUAUACCUUGUUUGCCGUCAGCAUACUGCUCGCCGUGGUCUUUCGUCAGCUUGCGAGAACUCAGCAAGCACUCAAGAAUCUUUUCGCCCACAUUGACCGUGCGAUUGUGGUACUUGAAGCUAUGGAUGACUGUUUAGUCGCCAGAAAUGCGGCAGCCAUCAUCAAGCGAACACUCGCUCGAGCCAGAAAAGUACCCCAGCCGGCCUUGGUUGCACAACAGUCCUCAUCGUCCCAGGAUGCGGACCUCAAUGGCGCGCUACGUCCUCCCGUCAACGCGGAGCACCAAACAGAAUCUGACAAUGUUGACAUACUGUUACAGUCUCAUGCGAUGGACGGUGAUGAUCUUGGUGAGAAUGUGGGCGACCUUGAUUGGCUUAGCACCUAUCCUUUUGAUGACACCCAGCAGGCUUUAUUCUGGACAGAGUGGGCUCAUGAGAUCGACACUCUUGGAACAUAG